CAAACCAUCGAUAUAUCGGUAGUAUGGUCGAUAAUUUCCCACCUCUACAAAACGGCCAUCGUAAUAGUUUCGUUUUUAAUAAAAUGUUAUGUCGGGUUUGCUUGGAGGAAGCGGAAUGCUGUUUAGAAAUAUUUGAUGUCAAUGGAGAACGACUGGCGAUUGCGGGCAUACUAGAGCGGCAUUUUUGGUUUUAUCUCCUUCCGACUGACACCAUAUCCACAGCGAUAUGUCGCUUAUGUUGGCAGAAAGUAAGUGAAUUCCAUCAGUUCUAUUUAGCAGUGGAAAAGGCACACUUCCUUUUGAACAGGACCGACGUGAAGCACGGAGCAGUUAGCCGAGUUGAGAAUGAAGAGUUUGUCGAAAGUUCUUAUCAAAUAAAGGAAGAAGAGUAUUUGGAACAUCUACUUCAGACCGAGCAAGCUGAGGAAACACUUAAUCCUUUGGCUGUACCGGAAUGUGAGAAUUGUGCGGCAGAAAGUAAGGUCAAGGAAGAGUUAAAUGUUGAAUUAAACUUGGCAGAAGAAAUUACUCCAUGUACUGACAAAGUCGGACAGAAACGAAAGAGUGUUCGCGGAAGGCCUCCAGGAGACAAAGAAUUCAAAACUGCGGCAGAACACGAUAACGGUGAUAAUGAAUUUGAAAAUGAUGAACAGGCAAAACCAAAACAAAAGGUUAUCAAAUCAAAUUCACAAGACGCCGCCAUUGUGAAAAAACACAUUGUCCUGGGUUGUGAUCUAUGUGCGUUUGUUGGUGAAGAUUUCUUUGCAAUAAGCAAACACUUUCGAUUACAGCAUCCUAACAUUAAAGCGUACAUACGUUGUUGUAAUAAAAAGUUUACGCAACGUUGUAGAGUUGUGCAGCACGCGUAUAAACACGAGGAUCCACAUUUUUUUAAGUGUCAAGAAUGUCAAAGAGUAUUUUCCGAUAGUACAACUUUAAGAUCUCAUAUGAUUAGCGCGCAUGCACCUGAAGAAGAACUGAACUUUGCCUGCGACCAAUGUCCAAAAAAGUUCUCGCGUAAAUAUUUGCUAGAAUUGCAUCGUCCUUCGCAUGUGCCCAAGAGCGAGCACGCAUUCGUUUGCGAUCAAUGUCCAAGUAGUCGUUUCGCUAGCAGCCGCUUGUUGAAAAUUCACAUUAGUAUGCAGCAUCGUCGGGCAAAGCGCGUUUGCCAUGUAUGUGCCAAAGAGAUACGCAGCAAAGCCGCAUUUGAAAAGCACCUACGCGUACAUAUCGGAGAUAGUGAACCCCGAAUAAAAUGUCCAAGGCCAGAUUGCGAUCGCUGGCUUAAAGAUGCAGAGAAUUUACGGCAUCAUAUGAAACGGCACAGUGUCGAAGGGCAGGUACUCACAUGUAAGGAAUGUGGGCGCACUUAUAAGAACCGUCCAGCGCUUUAUAGUCACAUGUUCUAUGUGCACCCCAAAGAAGUAUUCGCAUGCAAACAAUGCAAUAAAACAUUUAAAAAGGCGAUUUCAUUGCGAGAACAUAUGGCGCAGCACACUGGUGAAACCCUAUACAAGUGUCCGUUCUGUACUCGUACUUUUAAUUCAAAUGCGAAUAUGCACUCGCAUAAGAAGAAAAUGCAUCCCAUCGAAUGGAAUACGUCCCGUAAGGAGAAGCUAGAAGGCACACAAUCAAAAAGCAAGCCUCAAAGCGAUAUAUAAAUAACAGAAGGUCGGAGUAUUUAAUAUAAUUUAUAAUUGUACGACAAACGAAUCGAAUCAGUUGCACAGAACUUGGAUGGAUGAGAGAAGCAAACAGCAAAUGGAAACUCAUACAGUGAAAACUUGAUGUAACGAACAUUUAAUGUGUCGAUUUGAUUACACUUUGGAUGUUGUAUGGUAUACCAAAACUCAGAUUUUCCAAUGGCAAUUGCAUGAACGUAAAGUUAAGUCUCAUAAAAAACUUUAAAACUUGAUUUCCCCAACAUUCUCAUUUAUACUUAUUCAUGUUUCUGACAUAAGGGGACGAUUUAACGAAGUUUGUGGCAUGAAAACCUUCGGAAUAUAUUGACGUUUGAAGUUCCGUUAGUAAAACGGAAUGUCAACUCAAAACCUUUACAUAACGAAUUCUUAAUAUGUAGACGGUUAGAGUCCCGCUGUAAAAAAAAAAAACGAAAUAUGCUGAAUUCUGUUUCUGUUCUUUGCGACGGCCGGCGUUAACUGAACUAGGGAUGCAGAAGACAUUUUUUCAAACAUUGAUAAUUUCAGUAUGAAAUUCGAUGCUUAAAAUUUUCAGAAAUCGUAAAAUUGACGAUGCUUCGAUGUCAGUUUAAACGACGUUUUAAACAUCGAUUAACGUUUCAUGACCAAUUUUUUAUUAUUUUUUCAUGAGCUUUCCUUCCUUUGUCUGAAAUACGAUUAUCUCUGUUUUGUUUUUUCACGUGAUCAACGUCUAGAGGUUGGCGAAAAUUAGGAUGAAAUAUUUCAUUGCAUAAAUACUUACGUACAUGCUAAUUAGCUUAAGUGCGUGAAAAAAAAUAUUCGUUGCAAGGCAUAUUGGGCCUUGAUUUCUUGUUUUCCUCC